CUCGUGUCGUCAUCAGGGAGCGCCGCAGAGAAAAUGGCCGCUUGUUGUUAUUGUUGACAUGUUGGCGUUAAAGCAGCGUAAGCUUCGUUAAAUCCCCGCGCCCGUGUGCACGAUGUCUGACGAGGAGAAGGCGAGCGGUGAAGGCAGGAACUUCUUCAUUAGUUACAGCGACAGCAGCAGCAGCAGCGACUCGAGUGACGAGGAGCAGAAAACAUCACAAACAUCACAGAAGAAGCUGAAACUCGACCUGAAACAGAGGUCUGAUGGCGCAGCGGCUCCGUUACCCAAACCGGACGAGCUGUUUAGAUCCGUGUCCAAACCCGCUUUCCUUUACAACCCUCUGAAUAAACAGAUCGACUGGGAAAGCCGCAUUGUUAAAGCUCCUGAAGAGCCUCCUAAACAGUUCAAGGUGUGGAAGAGCAACGCGGUGCCUCCUCCUCAGAGCUACGAGGUGAAGGAGAAGAAGGGGCCACCUCCAGGUAUGGACAUGGCCAUAAAGUGGUCCAGCGUGUACGAGGACAACGGAGACGACGCUCCUCACAGACAAGCAGAGCAAGCUCGGUUCCUCCCUGACGACGAGCUGGUGCAUUCUGAUGACGACGACGACGAUGACGAUGAGAAGAAGUCGAUAUCGGCUAAGAAGCGCAGAGUGGAGACUUUCCAGCAGAAGGAGAAGAGGAAGCGAGAUCUGGGCCAAGCCACUUCUGAUAAGAACUUUGUGGAGGAGGAAAAGAGGAUCUUGAGGCAGUGCGUAGAGUGAAGGACGUACGAAGCUUCACGGUGCUCAGAGACGAAGCUAACGAAAGCCUGUAGAGAGCCGAACACACAACUGACUGGAUCAGAGAAUAUGUAGUGAAUUAAACACUUUAAUAAAUCGUUCUAGAGAAGUAAUAGUGGUGUAUCACUAGUACCACACAGAUGUUGAUUACUUUCUUAUAACUGCAUGUUAUGAAGUGGUUUAUUCAUCUUAUAAAACUGCAAUUUGGCUUUUUAACAAAAUACAGUCAGAAUUUGAUGUUGUUUGUUGUGAGUGAUGUUAAAUCUGUGCGAUUAAACCGAAUCACAUCGAGA